CCAGAAACCGCUUCACGGGCACCUCCUCUACUGUGACCUGAACCCGCAAGCGAGAGAAGAAAGGUGUUGGGUCAUGGGCAGAGAAGGGGGACGCAGAGUUCAAUUCCUAGCCCCCCGACUCCCAAUGCAGGUACAUGACAGAAUGACAGCCACCGUUACAAAGGACAGCUGUCAGGAUCAAUCCAGAAGAACAUUUUACAAGAGUCCAUUUCUCAGCAUCAAGCUCUUUGUGUUCUGCCAUGGGCUCCUGCAGCUCUUCCAGCUCUCCCUCUCUGGCUAUCUGAAGAGCUCCAUUUCCACCAUCGAGAAGCGGUAUGGCAUGUCCAGCCAAACGUCAGGAUUGCUGGCUUCCUUCAACGAGGUUGGAAACACGUUGCUGAUCGUCUUCGUGAGCUACUUUGGAAGCCGCGUGCACAGGCCCCGUUUCAUAGGCUGCGGCGCUCUCCUGGUUUCCCUGGCCGGGUUGCUCAUCUCGAUUCCUCACUUCAUAACCGAGCCCUACAAAUAUGACAAGUCCGUUGCCAGUUUCUUCAGCAAUAAGACGGAUAUCUGUCAGCCUGAUGCUUUGGGGCACAACGGGCUUCCCGACGAUGAGACCUGCGCACCACACACAGAGAAGGAAAACCGAAUGGUCCUGCUAAUUAUGUUUCUCGGGCAGGCUUUGCUGGGCAUCGGAGUGGUCCCCAUCCAGCCCUUCGGCAUCUCUUACAUUGAUGAUUUUGCCAGCGAGAGAAACUCCCCGCUCUAUUUAGGGAUCCUCUUUGCUGUGACUGUCAUCGGCCCCGGGGUAGCAUUCAUGUUGGGAUCAGCUAUGUUGCGUUUCUACGUGGACUUUGACAAACUUUCCAAAGAGGAAAUCCAGCUCACCAACCAGGAUCCCCGGUGGGUUGGCGCCUGGUGGCUUGGCUUCCUGGUUGCAGCCAGUCUCGUGGCCCUAUCUGCCAUCCCUUAUUUCUUCUUCCCAAGGGAGAUGCCUAAAGAGGUGGCACGAGAGAAGGAGAGCGAUGCUAAGAAGAGCAAAAGCAUGCUCAGCCAGCUCAGAUCUGAAUCGGAUGCAAUGCAGGACGUCUCCUUAAUCAAAUUCGUCAAACUCUUUCCUACAAUCUUAUUGAGAAAUCUCCGACAUCCAGUCUUUCUGCUGGUGGUAUUGGCUCAGGUCAGUCUGUCAGCCAUGGUGGCUGGUUUAGCAACAUUCAUGGGCAAAUUCCUGGAGAGGCAGUUUUCGCUCACAGCAUCCUUUGCCAACAUGAUCAUAGGUGCUGUGAACAUCCCUGGAGCAAUGGUUGGCAUAGUGUUGGGUGGAGCCAUCAUGAAGAAGUUCCAGAUAUCUUUGAAACAAUCUGGCGCCCUGUGUGUCUUUGGCAUGCUCCUCUGUACCCUCUUUGCCUUUCCUCUCCUUUUCCUGGGGUGUCCAACACAGAAGGUUGCUGGCCUUUAUCCAGUAGAAAGUGCUGAAUUUGACCAACACUCUUUGGAAUGUAACAAGAGAUGUCAAUGCCCUGAUAAAGCCUUUAACCCUAUUUGUGGGUCUGAUGGGACUGAAUACAUUUCUCCAUGUUAUGCUGGCUGCGAAGUUGUAAACCUUGAUAAGCUGAAAAAUUCAAUUCUGAAUUACACAAAAUGUAGCUGCAUCCUUGGAAAUGGGCUGGAAGGAUACGCCAAGCCUGGGACCUGCGGCACCAACUGUUCCCGGUUCCUCAUCCCCUUUAUCGUGUUGUCCUGCCUGGCAGGCAUCCUGGCGAGCAUUUCACAUACGCCUUCCUUCAUGCUCAUCCUGAGGACUGUUCAACCCGAAGAUAAAUCCUUUGCUGUCGGGAUUCAGUUUAUGCUGCUGAGAGUUUUAGCCUGGAUGCCAGGACCAGUGCUGUACGGAAGCGCCAUUGACACGACCUGCAUCCUCUGGGAAAGGAAGUGCGAUCAGAAAGCCGCGUGCCGGUAUUACAACAACGACCUCUUCAGACAAAGGUACCUUGGACUCCAGCUUUUCUUUGAAGUGGGAGCUCUCCUGUGCUUCUUGGCUGUGUUUUUCAUUCUCAGACAGCAGGAGAGGGAAAUCAGCAGCGCAGAGGAGCCAAAAGCAAACCCGGAGAAGGAGAAGCUGGCGGAAAUUUCAGAGAAAACCCCAGAUUCCAAAGUCUAAGAUGGAGAACGGGAAUCGCAUUCGGUCCCCGGGGGACGAGAGCCGUGCAGCUUGCCUUUGACUGACUGUGAAGGAGGGAUGGUUGGAUGGAGACUGAGCUGGCAGGGAGACCGCUGCCCAUCUUUCUACUUGGAAUCGACAGCUUUUGCUCUGCCUUUGUUUUUAAAUGCACUCUUUUACAUCUAACCAGGUCUGAAGGGUGCCCAGGCACGUUCACUUGGAUUCAUCCACCCAUAUGUACCCAUAUCAAUUCCUGUCCUUCUAAGCUUUCGUUCACCUGGCGGGCAGGAGGAAGCCAGUGUUUUAAGCGUUUAAUGCCCACAGUUCAAUUGUUUUAAUAAUAGUUAGGGUUGUUUUUUUACAGUUUAUAAAUGUCUCCCUGUACGGGGUUGUGUCUUUGCCUAGAAACCUCAGUGGUCACAGCCCGACACCUUCCUGCUCUUCCUCUUGCACUGGGGGAUUGUUCCUGGCUGGGAAAGACUAAUCCGUAGACACGUAUAGUCCUGCCUGCACGCAGCGGCAGCCCGGGAGAAGCUAUAUCUGCAGGAAGUCGGUGGUGGAGAGGGAGUCGGGGCAGGGCUGGGGAGGGCAUGGUGGCAACGCCAUGCCCUCACAGGAGUCGCUGAGCAUGCCCGGGAGAGCGGGCUCUGAGCAGGAGCCAGGUUGCAGCACGCAAGCAUUUGCAGAAAUCCUAAAUUGUGCUUUUCUGCUGCCUGUGCAAUGACACGGAGUAUUACUACCCCUUUUACAACAGCAGGAGGCAGGGCAGGGUUGCCCCUUCAAGACUAACUGGUGCAGAGAGGCAUGAGCUUUCAUAGGCAACAGUUUCCUUCGUCAGAGGCUGUGACUUCAGGCAAACACGGCUCACCACCUCUCACUUUACAACAGCAGAGACCAAGCCAAAGACUUGGUGAAGGCCACACAGCCAGUCAGUGUCAGAAACAGGGUUAGAAGCCCAGGGGGGCUGAGCACGGGAUAAUCUGUGAGCCCGCAGAGCACAGCAAGCCCUGUUAUCAGUUAGAGUUGAUUUAGCAGAAGCUCUAGGCUAAAAGUCAAUUCUGGUUUCAUUUUACCCUCUGCUAAUACCUCUCUCUACUGCAUUUGCUGCCUGCGUCCUGCCUCUGGGACAGGCCAUCUAUUGCAGAUUACUGUGGUGGUCGCAUUCGAGCCCCCAAGCCACCACAGGUCUUGGCUGCUUUUACUCCAGGGCGGAAGAAGCCAAAGCCCUCAAAUAAAGAAUUGCGUGGUCCAGAAUAAAUAAGAACUGUACAGCGGUGUCACAGAGUCCUAGAGAAGUGGGGCUGGAAGGGACCUCCAGAGGUCAUCUAGUCCAACCCCCUGCCUGAGACAGGGUCGCCCCUAUCCAAACCUCCUCAGACAAAUUCAUAAUCUAAACUCUUCAUAAAACUAUCAUAAACCCUGAUGCAACUCCAGGCAUCGCACCCGAACCUGCCGCAGGUGAAGCAGGGAGACCACGGCAGCCAACGUCCUGCUGCUGUAAAAAGUUGUUAAUAUGCACUCAAGAGCUAGAGGCCAAAGCCCCCACUACAGAGGAAGGCAACCUCAGCCCCCCAACCCAGUCUGUAUCAAUCUAACCACGGGGUAAUAUUCCUUCCUGACCCCAAAUGCAGCAUCGGUCUGGUCCUGAGCAGAGGCGCAAGACUAUCUAGCCAGGAGCCUCUGGCCUUGGUCCCAACAGGAGCAUUGGGACAGCCUGGUCCCCAUCCCCAGCCUUGACUGCCGCCAACAUCCAGUGCCUCUGUGGGAGGCUUAAAAACAUCCUGACACAUGUACGAGAAAGGGGGUGGGAGGGCAACCAGUGUCUAUAGCCAACAGCAUGCAAGGGAGGGAUGUGACCAGCAUCAUGUCCAGCCACCUCUGACUCCCCGACCCAAAUGACCAGGUGCCCAGGUAUAGCCAGGACAACCAGAGGGUCCGUGAAUCCCACCACCACCUCGCCCUCAAUACUAUGGCAAUAACUCCCCUAAAGAAACCCUCUCCAUCAGCAUGUGGCUUUGCUAUCUGACAGGUGCCAUUAAAGAGAAAAUAAGCUUUAUUCUAUUUGCAUAAUUCAACAGGAUUUGCAACUAGGAUACAAAGUGCAGGAGAAAUCUGCCCCUGGAAAAACAAAGUUACAAGCUCUGCUGUUAGCACAUGUGAGGCAAGAUCAACAGUCCAGCUGACAGGUCAGCUUCUCCUCCCAACACGUAUGGGCCCCGAAGCAAUACUGACCCAGAGAAGCCAAUGCUCCUUCAACCCAUUGUGGGUCCCUCUGUUGCAGCUUAGAUAACCUCCAGCUGUGCCGUCCAUCUCCACUUUCCACCAGCUCUCACAAGAUAGGCCACUUCCCCACAGUGUGGCAUAGCAUGCGAUGGUGCCCUUGGUGUGCAAAUGUGCUACAAACAUCCACUGGGCCCACAGUGUUGCCAUACAGUGCUGCAGAGUAGAAUAAGCCAUGAUAAAGAAGGCUCGGAUGCUACUACAGAUGGUUCACCAAGCAUGUUGCCUCUCUUCUAGUCAGUCAGUCAACAUGUGUGUAAUCGCUAAGCCAUCCUAUAGUGCUCUCAGUGGCCAUGUUCAAUUCCCAUAAUCCACCACUGAAAUGAAUCAGUGGGCAGCCCUCGACAAUAUGUGAGAUGGUGUGUGCUUUGCCAUAGCUGUAGUCUGGGUUGUCACAAAGACCCCCAACGGUGGGGAUGGCCAACACGGACCUUGCCGUGCCCAGAACCUAUUCAGCAAGGCCCACUGACAGCAUGGCAGGUUGAAGCCAGGUGGGCAGACUGUAGGGUCUGUGAUAAGGAACUUGUUUGGUGGUGAUGUCAACCCCCAUCCUCAUACCAGAAAGUCUCUGCUUUACAGUCUUGGUGUGGCAUUUUGAACCAUAGUGGGUAUUGUGAUGGUAGAUGUGCAGCAGGUGGAUUUUGAGAGACCAUCAUACAGUGGCAGGCUUGGAUUGGCUCAGAUCUUCUCCAGUAGCUUGCAAGUUGCAGCUUCCCAUUAGAUAUGAGAAGUAAGAGCUGGAAGAAAUCACGUCAUCCUUCUAGUGAGAGAUGGAAAAACACUCCCUCCCUUUUGUUCAUUGAAGAGAAAGUCAGGAAGUGAUUUCAUCAUUAUUUCCACAUGCCCACUGGCAGUGGAGAUUUCUGUUAGCAGACAACUAGUGUCUGAUAGGAAGAGGUGUAAUUGGGACCCAGUGUUGGGAAAGCAAAGCUAGACAAAUUCAGACAGGAAUAAGAGCUAGGUUUAUAAUAGAGAAGGUAAGUGCUCAGGGUUGUGGGAGUUUCUUUAUUGCUUGAAGUCUUCAAGUCAACUCUGGAGGUGUUGCUGAGGGAGGUGCUAUAGCUCCAACAGGUUAUUGGCUUGAUGCUGAAGUUGAGUAUAGUCCUUCUGUCAGGGUCUGGAGGAGGUCAGACAAGUUUCUCAAAAUAAUCCCUUCGAGUAAAAAAAAAAAAAAUUACCAAUCUCCCUUAUCGUAUCCAUAUGCGAAGGAGCAGACACUUUCCUAGUGCUGUUCCAUCUCCACAAGCAAUUCCCACCAACCACAGAAAAACAUUCAAGGGUGUAUUCAAAACCUUCACAUGCUGAUAAAAACUCAGUUUUCUCUUAAA